AUGAUGAAGCUUACUGUUGCCUUUUUGGCCGCUCUCGCUGCCGCGGAUGCCGCCGAGGCCCGCAACCACCGCAUGGCUCGCCGCCAAUACGGAGGCUACGGUUCAGGCUACGGCGCUGAGCUCCCCUCUUCCUCUUCCGCCCCCGGUACUUCACCUACCCCCACCCCCGACCUCCCUGCCGGUGCAGUCUCUACACCCCCCGCUGGUGGCUACGGAGGUGGAUACGGUGGUGACAUGCCCUCUUCCUCUUCCGCCCCUGGCACUUCACCCACACCUACCCCCGACAUCCCUGCCGGUGAAGUCUCUACUCCUCCAGCUGGCGGAUACGGAGGUGGCUACGGUGGUGACAAGCCGCCCAGCAGCUCUUCCGCCCCCGGUACUUCGCCGACACCCACUCCCGACAUCCCUGCCGGUGCUGUAUCUACACCUCCCGCUGGCGCCGUCUCUACUCCCCCAGCUGGUGGAUAUGGUGGCGGAUACGGCGGUGACGUUCCUGGUGUCAGCAUGAGCUCCGCUGUCCCCUCCGGCGCUGUCUCUUCUCCUCCUGCUGGUGGAUACGGCGGUGGCUACGGCUCGCCCUCGCCCUCAUCCAGCCCAUCUCCCUCCACUCCCGCUGGUGCCGUUUCCACUCCUCCAGCUGGCGGAUAUGGUGGCGGAUACGGCGGUAACGUCCCUGGUGUCAGCAUGAGCUCCGUUGUUCCUUCUGGAGCUUCAUCUACUCCCGCUAUUCCCGCUGCCACCACCUCCACCCCCGCUGGUGCUGUCUCCACUUCUUCAGCUGGCGGAUACGGUGGCGGAUACGGCGGUAACGUCCCUGGUGUCAGCAUGAGCUCCGUUGUUCCUUCCGGAGCUUCCUCUGGCAGCCCGUCUGCCUCCACUCCCGCUGGCGCUGUCUCCACUCCUCCAGCUGGCGGAUAUGGUGGCGGAUACGGCGGUAACGUCCCUGGUGUCAGCAUGAGCUCCGUUGUUCCUUCCGGAGCUUCGUCCACUCCCGCUAUUCCCGCUGCCACCACCUCCACCCCUGCUGGUGGUAACGGCGGCUACGGCAGCCCCUCCAGCACCCCCGGCAAGCCUGUUACCCCCGACGCCGCUACCUCUACUGGCAUGUCCGGCACUGGCUACGCUCCCAAGCCCACUGGAACUGGCUCUUACCCCGGUUCUUCCACCCCAGUCAGCGACAUGGUCACCAGCACCAUCUACAGCACCCAGAUCUUCACUGUUUCUGCUUGCCCUCCCAGUGUCACUAACUGCCCGGCUCAAGCCACUUCCAUGAUCACCAGCGUUGUUCCCGUUGGCACCACCGUCUGCACCGCCGAGACUGGCAAGCCCACCACUACCCCUGGUGUCGUCACUGAGUCAGUCCCCGUCAGUGAGAUCGUCAAGACCAGCACUCAGACUCUCACCUACACCGUUGGUAUUGGCUCCACUGCUCACCCAGUGACCACCGAGAUCACGUCCACUCAGACCUCGACCCAGUACUCCACUGUAGUUGUCACCAUGAGCAAGCCCAAGCCCACUGGCUCUGUCCCCAACCAGACCACUGGCGGAAGCGGCUACCCCACUGGCCCUGCUGGCGAGCACCCUCCCAGCCCAGAUGUCACCAGCACCAUCAAGUCUACCUCGACCUCCACCAAGUUCGUCACCGUCAAGCCUACCCCCACCGGUCCUUCAGGCAGCUACCCCCCUGGUCCCCCAGCUGGCGAGAAGGGACAUCCAUCUCCUUCUUCCCCAGCCGGCAGCUACCCUCCUGGUCCCCCAGCUGGCGAGCAGGGACACCCAACUCCCUCUUCCCCAGCCGGCAGCUACCCUCCUGGUCCCCCAGCUGGCGAGCAGGGACACCCAACUCCCUCUUCCCCGGCCGGCAGCUACCCUCCUGGCCCCCCAGCUGGCGAGCAGGGACACCCAACUCCUUCUUCCCCGGCCGGCAGCUACCCUCCUGGUCCUCCUGCCAAUGAGCAGGGCCACCCCCCUGCUGGUGAGGAGUGCCCUCCUCCUACCACUGUCACCGUCACCUCCAAGGAGACUGUCUACGUCACUGUCGGUGUCCCCACUGCUACCAACUCCGCCGGCACUCCCGUCACCCCUGAGGCUGCUGUCAGCACUGCUUCCCCUACUCCUGCUGUCCCCACUGGCAUGUACCCCGUCCCCGGUAACGGCACCAUGAGCCACCCCGGCGCCACUGGCUUCAAGACCUCCACCAAGCCUUCCCUGCCCGUCAGCACUGGCACUUCUUCUCUCCCCACCUUCAGCGUAGUCACCCCCGGCGCUGCCUCUUCCACCCCUGCUGUCCCCGCUGCUUCGACCUCUGCUCCUGCUAACGGUGGUGGAUACGGCUCUCCAUCCUCCUCCUCCACCCCCGCUGUCCCCGCUGCUUCUGCCUCUACCCCCGCUAACGGCGGUGGAUACGGUGGUGGAUACGGCGCCGCUACCCCUGCUGCCGCUACCUCCAGCAAGCCUGCCACCACCGGCACCCCAUCCAACGGUGGCGGUUACGGCUCUGGUUACGGUUCCGGCUAUGGCCGUAAGUAA